AUGGAGACCGGCGUGGUUCACAUCCACCGAGGAGGCGGUGCCGAGGACAGGUGUCCCUGGGAAGUGGAGGGGGAGGCGGCGACAGCCGGAGGGUGCACCUGGCCGACCUCCACCGCCUCGGCCUUGGAUGCCCUCAACGGAACGUGGGAGACCGAAACCGAUGAUGCUGAGCCCAUGUCUCCAAUCAUCCCAGUCAUUGUGGCAGUGUACUCACUGGUGUUCGUGGUUGGCCUGGUGGGAAACUGUCUGGUCAUGUACGUCAUCAUCAGGUACACAAAGAUGAAGACGGCAACUAACAUCUACAUUCUCAACCUGGCGGUUGCCGAUGCUCUCGUUACAAGCACCAUGCCCUUUCAGAGCACUGACUACCUGCUCAGUUCGUGGCCGUUUGGCGAGGUGGCGUGCAAGGUGUUCAUCUCCAUAGACUACUACAACAUGUUCACCAGCAUCUUCACGCUCACAAUGAUGAGCGUGGACCGCUACAUUGCUGUGUGUCACCCAGUCAAGGCCCUCGACUUCCGUACGCCUGUCAAGGCCAAGGUUAUUAAUGUUCUUAUUUGGGCACUGUCGUCUGCUGCUGGCGUGCCCGCCAUGAUCCUGGGCGGCACCAAGACCAACAAUGGGACAACCGAAUGCGCACUCCAGUUCCCAGAGCCGUACAUUUAUUGGGACACGCUGAUGAAAAUCUGUGUGUUUAUCUUCGCCUUUGUGAUUCCCGUCAUCAUCAUCAGUGUGUGCUACACGCUGAUGAUUCUGCGUCUCAAGAGUGUCCGUCUGUUGUCCGGCUCGCGCGAGAAGGACCGCAACCUGCGGCGCAUUGCCCGUCUGGUGUUAGUGGUGGUGGCCGUCUUCGUGGUGUGCUGGACCCCCAUCCACAUCUUCAUCCUAGUCAAGGCCCUGUCGAACAAUGUACCUGAAACCACACCCAUCAUGGCUGCCUACUUCUUCUGCGUGGCGCUGGGGUACACCAACAGCAGUCUUAACCCCAUCCUUUACGCAUUCUUAGACGAGAACUUUAAGAGAUGUUUCCGGGACUUCUGCUGUCCGGGCGUCAGGAGGGACUGCCAAGGGGUAAGUCGGGUCAGGAGCACUCUGAGGGACCACUCCUGCCCCCCAGACAACCGCGGGGACUCUAGGCAAGCCAGGCCCGUAUGA